UCUUCGCCGACCGGUCCACGUGCUGUCAGGUACAUAAAGAGCAGUCGGCGAUCAAACUUGUCCCACCUUUCUUGGAUAAUCUUAUCCAUCGCUCCUCGGUGUUACUCCAAUUCACCACCGAAGGUCACUUUUUUAUAAAGUGAUCUAGCCUUUUCUCCUUUGAUUUUCUCUAAAAACUAAUUAUCACUUUUCAUCGCUCCCCAUUCAUCUUCUAGACAUGUUCCGCACUCGAGUAGCGUCGGCAGCUUGCGCUGCUGCUCAAAAAGUUCCAGCUGCACGGAACUUCGCAACAGCUUCACCAGUGAGCUCUGUUUCUCAAAACCACAAGGUCGUGGUAGUUGGUGGUGGUGCUGCUGGUCUGUCCAUCAGCCAUCAGCUUCUUCAAUCUGGCAAAUUUACUCAAGAUGAUAUUGCUGUUGUCGACCCGGCAGCGUGGCAUCAUUAUCAGCCCGGAUGGACUUUGGUUGGCGGUGGUCUUAAAACCAAGGAGGAGCUGCGCAGACCCAUGAACAGUCUGAUUGAUCCUAAGCUCAAAUUCUACAACGACGGCGUGUCCACGUUUUCCCCUGAGGAGAACCUUGUCACUCUCAGCAAUGGCGACAAGGUCAACUAUGAACAGCUGGUUGUGGUGCCCGGCAUUAACAUUAACUAUGGCAGCAUCGAGGGUCUCCCCGAGGCUCUGGAGUCCCCGGACUCUCUCGUCUCUACUAUCUAUGGCUAUGAUACUUGCGAUAAAGUCUUCCGCACCGUCCAAAAACUUCAGAAAGGUGUUGCUCUUUUCACACAGCCUGCUGGUGUGGUGAAAUGUGCAGGCGCGCCGCAAAAGGUCAUGUGGCUUGCAUUGGACCAUUGGAAGAGAGCCGGCCUGUACGACCCUAGCAAUCCUUCUAGUUCUGCUAUCAAUAUCAGCUUUGCUACUGCUCUCCCGGCCAUGUUUGGUGUGCCUAAGUACAGUGCUACACUCGAGGCUCUGCGGAAGGAGAGGGGCGUCGAGGGACUCUUCCAGCAUGACCUCGUCGCUAUCGAAGGCAACACAGCCACUUUUGCUCGUCUCGAUGGACAGGAGAAGGUCAAGAAGCAGUUCGAUCUGUUGCACGUUGUACCCAAAAUGGGGCCCCAUGCAUUUGUUAAGAACAGCCCUCUGGCGAACGAGGCUGGCUUUGUUGAUGUCGAUGAGGGCACCAUGCGUCACAAGAAAUUCUCUAACGUCUGGGGUGCUGGUGAUGGCUCCAGUCUUCCCACAGCCAAGACGGCGGCGGCAAUUACUUCCCAAGCGCCCAUCCUUGUUCGUGGUUUGCUUUCCACGAUGGAGGGCAAGGAGCCCCAGGAAGCCUACGACGGUUAUACGUCAUGCCCUCUGUUGACUGAGUACGGCAAGGUCCUUUUGGCUGAAUUCAAGUACGGCGGACAGCCUAAGGAGACGUUUGGGAAGUUCGGUCUCGACCAAGCCACUCCACGCCGUGCAUUCUAUCAUCUGAAGAAAGACUUCUUCCCUUGGGUGUAUUACCAGGCCAUGGUCAAGGGCAAAUGGGGCGGUCCCAAGGGUUGGCUUAAAUAGAAGAGCCUGGAGCUCGUGUGUACUAUACUUCUUCUCUUGAGAUAACCAAAUAAUGCAAGCUUCAAAAUUAGCGACGAUUACGAUUUACAACGCAUGUAUAUUGUAUUCUACGAAAUGGUACAUUGCUCCUGUAGUCUUCAGCAGUGAACCCCUUUUUUUGUUUACUUUUUUCCUCCCCCUUUGAUGUUUGAUUUUUCUGUCAACUUCAAAUCACGUCAUUUGGUAGCCGAGAUCGGACCUGUUCCUCGGCGGGUCCACUACGGCCGAGAACCAUGAACGGCUUCCCG